UUGUGUGUGUUGUUCUGYUAGUAAUUUGCAUAGUCCUAGCAGUUUUGUACGCACACGCCGUUAAAAAGUCGCGUCRAGUGCUCCCUGAAGAACCAAGAAAGGAAUAUGAAAUAUGUGACAGGGGGCCUUGCUUCGAGAUUGGCAAAGAAAUGGUUCUUAAUAUGAAUCAAAGUGUGAAUCCCUGUGAAGAUUUCUAUGCGUACGCAUGUGGYAGAUGGCCGGAAAGAAAUCCGCUGGAUAACAAAACUGCAUAUAAUAGCGUAUUUAAACUAUUAAAGGAAAAGAACUAUGGCGUGUUGAUAGAUGCUCUUAACAAGGCUUCGGUUAACUACUCAAAGASCGACGACGCCAUAAUGAAGACAGUACGUUUUUACAAGUCGUGUUUGAACACCAGUGAAGAUGCGUCCAUGGGAACCAUGCAGUUAAUGAAACUCAUUAUCAAGUAUGGAGGUUGGGGAAUCCUGAACAACUUCGACAGCAGUGUUUCCUUAGAAACCAGAAUUGGCAAAAUAGCUCGUGAACUCAACGUCAAUUCCCUGAUAAGUACAUACGUCUAUGCAGACAGAUAUAACUCUUCCCAAAACAUCUUAGAGGUAGGUAUUAUGCGAAUAGCAACUGGUAAAACACCCGACGAAGAACUAAUGGAGUCUGUUAAGCGAARCAUCAUGGCGAGAGAGGAAAUCACCGACCAUAGAAUAAAGAUUAAAGACUUUUGCGCCAAGUCGGGAUUUUCGUGCGAGCGUCUAAUAACCAUCUUGAACAUAACGUUUGGCCGAAGUUUUACGGGAGAGGAAUUAAUCCUCGUCACAAAUAUUACAUACUUCAAGAACCUUCAUAAGGUCAUUGAAGAUAUGAUAUCGUCAGGAUACAUGCAGUACGGGGCAAUAGGAAUGGUGAUUGGACACGAGCUAACACACGGGUUUGAUUCAUCAGGUCGGCAGUAUGACAAGCAUGGGAAUUUGCGCGACUGGUGGUCCGCUUCCGCUGAUGCCAACUUUAAAGAAAAGGCCAAAUGCCUCGUGGAUCAAUAUAGCCAAUAUACAUUUUUUGGUCAUAAGGCAUAUCAAAAUUGGAUAGCCAAGCAUGAAUCUGAGAAAAUACUUCCUGGACUGAAGCUGUCUCCUGAGCAGUUGUUCUUUGUUGGGUUUGCUCAGCAAUGGUGUAGUUCCUAUACACCAAAGGGCGUAGAAAUGCGAAAGUAUGAUACACACACCACGCAAAAAUACAGAGUCAUCGGAACUCUCUCAAACUUUAACAAGUUUUCCGAGGCGUUUCAAUGUCCUGUCGACAGCCCCAUGAACCCGACGAAGAAGUGUUCCGUUUGGUGAAGUUAACACAAAUAGGGCCUAUUUUUGUUAAAUUAGAAGUUGUAGCAUAGCUAGGCGCAAUGGAUACCGUACUCCUUUUGACAGCGCCCAUGUAACCAAACAUUAAGUCAUAGUCACAAUUUUAAAACCCCGUAGAUAUCUGCACUUGUAAUAGACAAUUCUUCAUGUUAAGUAGUACGACCACGGUAGGAAGUAACCGAGUAGUAUACUUAUAACCGUAUUGGGUAUCUCGCACGUGGUCGUCUCAGAGAAUAUACUCUACCCUUUCUUUCAAAACGAGAAUAAUUCAAUGUUAAACGCUCUGAAUAGUUGUCUCUGACAUGUUUUUUUUUGCGGUUUUCAUAACUUAAUGUGUCUUGUCAGACUGAUAAAAGUCGUUGCAUCGACCUUUUCCAAAAGGUCUGUUAUAAGAUCGUGAAUAAAUCAUGAAGCCUGA